AUGAAGGGAUGCCUAAAGUCAAAGUUUUGGAGGUAUGUAAUAGUCCUUCUUUUUUUCUCCGCUAUUUUGGACACAGCGUCCGCUGUUACACAUUAUUCCAUCCCAGAGGAAAUGGACGAAGGCUCUGUUGUCGCUAAUUUGGUAUCAGAUUUGGGACUGGAUGUGAAAACGCUAAACAAACGACAAAUGCGACUCGAUAUUAGAUCUAACAAAAAAUAUCUGGAUGUCAACAAAGAAACGGGAGAGCUCUUUAUUUUAGAAAAGAUGGACAGAGAGUAUCUCUGCAGUGUUAAAACAUCGACGUGUUUUAUCAAAAUCGAAGUGAUACUCGAGAAUCCUGUUCGAAUGUUUAAUAUCGAAAUUGAAAUUACAGAUAUCAAUGAUAAUGCUCCCAAGUUUUGGAGGGAUACGAUCCGCUUGGAUAUAUCAGAAUCUACAUCAGCCGGGGAGAGAUUCUCGCUCAGUAAUGCGGUGGAUCCUGAUAUUGGACCGAAUUCGAUUAAAACGUAUUUUUUGAGUGAAAGCGAACAUUUUGACAUUGAAAUACAGACAGGAAGAGAUGGGUCAAAAUUUGCUGAUUUAAUUCUGAAAAAGCCUUUAGACAGAGAAAAACAGGCUUCACAUAAUCUGAUACUCACUGCUGUGGAUGGAGGGGUCCCCGCGCGCUCCGGCACUGCUAGCAUUAUUGUGCGCGUUCUGGACACUAAUGACAACGCCCCUCAGUUCAAUAAAGACAGUUAUACUAUAAAUCUAACGGAAAACGCGCCGAUCGGAAGUCUUGUGGUCAAAGUAAACGCGACAGAUAAAGACGAGGGAUCAAAUUCAGAUUUAAUUUACUCUUACAGUUUAUAUACAUCCGAGAAAACGCAGCAAACAUUUAGCCUGAAUCCUGAAAAUGGAGAAAUCAGAGUAAAAGAGAUGAUUAAUUAUGAGGAUUUCAGGAUCUAUGAUAUGGAAAUUAUAGCGACAGAUAAAGGAGUUAAUAGUCUCUCUGGAAAGUGUAAAGUUAAGAUUUUAAUCACAGAUAUGAAUGAUAAUCAUCCUGAAAUAUCUAUAAAAUCUUUCUCAAGUCCAGUGAAAGAGGAUAUAUCUGUAAAUACAGUAAUCGCAGUUGUUAGUGUGAGUGAUAAAGACUCAGGAGAAAAUGGACAGGUAGAUAUUCAUAUUUCUGAUGAGUUACCUUUUGCGCUCAAAGAGUCUUCUGAUAAUUAUUAUGAAUUAUUAGUUUCAGAACCGUUAGACCGUGAAAAGGUCCCAGAAUAUGACAUCACUAUCACCGUGACUGACAGGGGCCACCCGCCGUUAUCUGAUAAUGAAACUAUAACUUUAGAGCUGCUGGACGUUAACGACAACGUUCCUCAGUUCUCACAGUCAUUCUACACGAUACCUGUGAUGGAGAAUAACGCGCCUGGAGCUUUACUGAGCUCUUUAACUGCUCUAGACCCGGAUCUCCACGAGAAUCAGUACCUAGUCUAUUUUAUCAUAGAGAAGGAAAUAGCCAACACCUCCAUGUCCAUGCUGUUCUCCAUCAACCGGAGAACGGCAAUCUUACUGGCGCUAAAGACGUUUGACUACGAGAUAGAGAAGGAGUUUCUUUUCCACAUCGAGGCCAGAGACUCUGGCGUUCCUCCGCUCAGCAGUAACGUGACCGUUCACAUUAUUAUCAUGGAUCAGAACGACAACACGCCGCUUAUAGUGUCUCCGUGGCGCGCGCGCGGCUCGGUGGUGGAGGAGAAUCCGAGAUCCACCGAUAAAGGGACUCUGAUCGCCAAAGUCAUCGCCAUAGACUCCGACUCGGUGCACAACUCUCGAAUCUCCUACCAGUUUCUCCACAACACGGACGCCACGUUAUUCAGCUUGGAUCAAUAUAACGGAGAGAUCCGGACCAUGAGAAUGUUCAGUUACAGAGACUCGCGCCACCAGCAGCUGGUUGUGAUCGCCAAGGACAACGGAGAGCCCGCGCUCUCUGCUACAGUCACCAUCAAACUGUCCACGGUGGAGACCGCCCUUAAAACCUAUGCUGACCUGACUGAGGUGCCUUUGGGAUACGACAUCUUCUCGGAUUUAAACCUGUAUCUGGUGAUCGGACUGGGCUCUGUCUCGUUUCUUUUGCUCAUCACUAUUUUGGUCACCAUCGUGCUGAAGUGUCAGAAAACGAAACCCAGCAAAGCGGCUCCUCCGUGCAGGAACAGUGUGAUCAGCGAGAGGAACUCCACCAUCGCGGACUCCACUCUGGUCUCCAACGAUGCCUACUGGUACAGUUUAUUUCUAGCAGAGACCAGGAAAGGAAAGCUGGUGGUCAGACAGCCUGUGCCAAAGGGGUCGAGGUACAUCGUGUCCAGUAUACCGAGGAGCACCGGACUGACCGAGACCAGCGACUCAGCCGCUUCUACUCUACAGCUCCUGUACGUCUCGAUCUUCGUAUCUUUUGCGGCUCUAUUUCAGACCGCAUCUGCUGUUACUCACUACACGAUUCCGGAGGAGAUGGACGAAGGGUCUGUGGUUGCAAAUUUGGUGUCUGAUUUGGGUUUGGAUUUGAGAAGCCUUGGUAAACGUAAAAUACGGUUGGAUGUCGUCGCAAAUAAGAAAUAUCUUGACGUUAACAAAGAUACUGGGGAGCUGUACAUUUUAGAAAAGAUUGACAGAGAGACUUUGUGCCCAAUUAAAUCAGUCACAACUUGUCUGCUUAAAGUGGAUGCCACAUUAGAGAAUCCUAUUCGAAUGUUUAAUAUUGAACUUGAGAUAAUGGACAUAAAUGAUAAUGCGCCGCGUUUCCGACGAGAUACAAUGCAUUUAGACAUAUCAGAGGCAACAGCAAUAGGGGAGAGGUUUUCCCUCACUAAUGCUGUAGACCCUGACACAGGUUCAAAUUCGGUAAAGACGUACUAUCUAAGUAAAAGCGACCAUUUUAGUAUUGAGAUUCAGACUGGACGAGACGGAUCUAAGUUUGCUGAUUUAAUUCUGAAAAAGUCAUUAGACAGAGAAAAACAGGCUUUACAUAAUCUGAUACUCACUGCUGUGGAUGGAGGGGUCCCCGCGCGCUCCGGCACUGCUAGCAUUAUUGUGCGCGUUCUGGACACUAAUGACAACGCCCCUCAGUUCAAUAAAGACAGUUAUACUAUAAAUCUAACGGAAAACGCGCCGAUCGGAAGUCUUGUGGUGAAAUUAAACGCGACAGAUGACGAUGAAGGAACGAAUUCCGAUAUAUUUUACUCUUUUAGUCUGUAUACAUCAGAAAAAACGCAGCAAACAUUCAGCCUGAAUCCUGACACUGGAGAAAUCAGAGUAAAAGAGAUGAUUAAUUAUGAGGAUUUCAGGAUCUAUGAUAUGGAAAUUAUAGCGACGGAUAAAGGAGUUAAUAGUCUCUCUGGAAAGUGUAAAGUUAAGAUUUUAAUCACAGAUAUGAAUGAUAAUCAUCCUGAAAUAUCUAUAAAAUCUUUCUCAAGUCCAGUGAAAGAGGAUAUAUCUGUAAAUACAGUAAUCGCAGUUGUUAGUGUGAGUGAUAAAGACUCAGGAGAAAAUGGACAGGUAGAUAUUCAUAUUUCUGAGGAUUUACCUUUUGCGCUCAAAGAGUCUUCUGAUAAUUAUUAUGAAUUAUUAGUUUCAGAACCGUUAGACCGUGAAAAGGUCCCAGAAUAUGACAUCACUAUCACCGUGACUGACAGGGGCCACCCGCCGUUAUCUGAUAAUGAAACUAUAACUUUAGAGCUGCUGGACGUUAACGACAACGUUCCUCAGUUCUCACAGUCAUUCUACACGAUACCUGUGAUGGAGAAUAACGCGCCUGGAGCUUUACUGAGCUCUUUAACUGCUCUAGACCCGGAUCUCCACGAGAAUCAGUACCUAGUCUAUUUUAUCAUAGAGAAGGAAAUAGCCAACACCUCCAUGUCCAUGCUGUUCUCCAUCAACCCGGAGAACGGCAAUCUUUCGGCGCUAAAGACGUUUGACUACGAGAUAGAGAAGGAGUUUCUUUUCCACAUCGAGGCCAGAGACUCUGGCGUUCCUCCGCUCAGCAGUAACGUGACCGUUCACAUUAUUAUCAUGGAUCAGAACGACAACACGCCGAUUAUAGUGUCUCUGCGCGCGCGCGGCUCGGUGGUGGAGGAGAAUCCGAGAUCCACCGAUAAAGGGACUCUGAUCGCCAAAGUCAUCGCCAUAGACUCCGACUCGGUGCACAACUCUCGAAUCUCCUACCAGUUUCUCCACAACACCGACGCCACGUUAUUCAGCUUGGAUCAAUAUAACGGAGAGAUCCGGACCAUGAGGAUGUUCAGUUACAGAGACUCGCGCCACCAGCAGCUGGUUGUGAUCGCCAAGGACAACGGAGAGCCCGCGCUCUCUGCUACAGUCACCAUCAAACUGUCCACGGUGGAGACCGCCCUUAAGACCUAUGCUGACCUGACUGAGGUGCCUUUGGGAUACGACAUCUUCUCGGAUUUAAACCUGUAUCUGGUGAUCGGACUGGGCUCUGUCUCGUUUCUUUUGCUCAUCACUAUUUUGGUCACCAUCGUGCUGAAGUGUCAGAAAACGAAACCCAGCAAAGCGGCUCCUCCGUGCAGGAACAGUGUGAUCAGCGAGAGGAACUCCACCAUCGCGGACUCCACUCUGGUCUCCAACGAUGCCUACUGGUACAGUUUAUUUCUAGCAGAGACCAGGAAAGGAAAGCUGGUGGUCAGACAGCCUGUGCCAAAGGGAUCGAGGUACAUCGUGUCCAGUAUACCGAGGAGCACAGGACUGACCGAGACCAGCGACUCAGCUGCUUCUACUCUACAGGCAUCCACCACCACGAGCAGCAGUUCCACCUGAGGAUCCUCCCAAACAUCUUUCCAGAGCGACGUAUGAAAAACGUUCCAUCAACCUGCAUGUCUUUCCAGCUGCGUCCGUCAUAUUCCCCUGCAACAUGAAACAGAUGAAACCAACCCUGAACGAUGCCUACAUCUUCACAUCAGUGUUCGGAGAGUUUGCCCAGGUUUUACCAGAGGAAUGACGAAGAUCUCUAAGAGAUACUCUUAAACCAGACCGGUCAAGAUUGGAUUUGGACUGAAUCUGUGAGCACACACACACACACACACACACACAGGCAUAUCUUCAAACAGCACAGCUCAUGUCUUUAUCAAAGAAACCAGUAUGCUUGUGUUUGCAUGGUUAGAUUUCCACGUUGUAUCUUCGUUAUAUUUAGUGACUGGUAUAGACAUUGGGGAGAGAACUUAUUAACAGAAAAUUCUCAUAUGAACUGGUGUGGACACUGAAUUGCAAAAAAAAGCCAUUCUUAAUCAGUAGAUGCUAAUGAUAAAUGGGAUUUUUUUUGCAAUCUGAAUGAUAUUAAACAAGCACAAAGAGGAUUGAAUGAUUCAGCCAUGUUGAGAGAUGGAGUGUGGAGCUUUUGCUUGACUGAACCUGGACACUGAAAGCUUCUCUUUCCCUACAAUGGAUGUAUAAAGCCUUUCUUAUGUGUUUUCUUGGAUCUCAUGCAGACUUCUAUCAGAAUAUUGCAAGUAUUAUCCAGUAUAUCCAGAAGAGGCCACAGCAAAUUCGAUUUGUUGUGCCGUAUAGUCUUUGCUUAUUUCUGUGGUGUUGUAUUACGUCUGUAUUGCUGUUAGUGUCUGUAUUUUUACAUUUCAGUAUGUAAAGAAUCAAGUUGAAUCUUAAGCACCGAUCUGACUCAGAUAGUGUUGAGCGUCAUUGUAGUCACGAUCUCUCUUCAUUUGAUCAUAGAGUUUAGCGGGGGCUCUAAAAUCACUAUUAGGCCUGUCACGAUAAAAACGUUUUGUUGUGCAAUAUAUCGCCCCCUAAAUAAUUGCGAUAAGCGACAUCAGUGCCAUUUAUAAGACCGUUUUGUGCCAAUGAAUGUAUAAUCAUAAUAAAACAGUAUAAUAAUGCAGGGCCUACACACUUUCAAUUGACAACAGAUAUUUAAUUCUUAAACAUUUAGACCAUGAAAACAAAGUAUCAAAACAUUAGAUACCUCGUGACGACACCAAGUUAUGUACGAAAAGCUGCAAAAAAAAUAACAGGCAAUAUAUUGCAUCGCCAAAAAUGAUUGAGGUCUUGUACAUAUAUUGUACGAUAAGUCGAUAUAUUGAUUAUCGCGACAGGCUUAAUCACAAGGACUGCUUCCUCUGUGGUGUCUGGUGACAUUCAUGAAUGCUCAAACGCAGACACAGCACGGUGACGUCAUAGUGCAGACAUCUGAAGGUCGCAGUGGUUUCUAGGAUUCAUUGAGUAGCCUCUCCCUGAUGCCCACGAUUUCUGACUCCGAUAAAAAAGCCACUUCUGAUAGAGACUGUUAAACAGCGAGUCUGUUCAUUUUGUCCUUUAUAGAAACAUCACGAUAUUUCAGAGACGAAGACUUGCAUCAACCAACGGAUUUCAUUAAAUCUUUGAAAUAAGGCUAAAUGUAAAGAGCACUCGAGGUGACAAGAAAAUAUGAGAACCGCAAAUGUUUACUUAUCAACUGUAUAACUAUCUAAUAUUAUAAAAUGUGUUUAAUAUUCAUGGAAAUGCUUUAGGAAAUGCGAAAAUGCAUUGCUUUGUGCAUUUGAAAUGCACUAGCCAAAUAUUUUUUUCUCUCUUUUUUUUGUUCUUUAUUUUUAAUAUCUUCAUCUUUUAUUCCUGAUGUUAACAUUAUGUUUUAAUAUUAAUGCAUAGAUAUAAACUUUCAUAUUGCUGCUUUUUUUAUUGUUGAAAUUUUGUAUUUGCUGGCUAUAUGAGUUGUGCAAUAUAUGGACGUCGAUAUUUUAUUUCAGUGAACAAUAUGGUAUUUUUCUGAUAUUUUCCAGCCUUUCUGCAGUGUCAUUUAUUCCUAACUUCCUGAGGGUAUGGCAGUUUUCCCAGACAGGUCAAAAGGUCAGGGUGUCGCGGGGUCGGUUCAGUGACCGGCUCAUUUUGGAAUAUACAGCGUUUAUAUUUUGUCAGAGCGUUGCGACAGCGCAGUACAAAGUACAUCUGCAAAACAAAUGCUGGGUGUUUACAUGUGGAAUUUUAAACAGGAAGUGAUAACUAGCUGCCACAGAGGAUUGCCUAAUGCUCUGACGCGAACAGUGCUGUAAGAUAACAUGUGAGAAGAUCAAAUUUUAGGAGAAAUAUUAAGGUUCAAUAUGUCUAUUGGUGUGAGCAGCAGUAAGUAGGUCACUCGUCUCUCACUGAACAGAAAUGCGGCUAGAAUUAUUUUACCCAAAAGCCUAAUUUUGUGGUUUAAAAAUGGAGCACCUAUAUACAGCAUUGCCCUGUAGUCUCGUAUAUUUCUAUUUCGAUUCCCCUGCCGUCCAAUAAAUCUCUCUACAGUUAAGCAAAUGUUUUUCCGUUUCAUUUUCAUUAAAGCAGACAAACUGCUUGCUUAAAUCUGAAAACAUCCACGAUCUUGCCAUAGAGAAACUACCAGACCCUCUUUGCUCGUACGAAUCUACUGAUGUAUCCGUACUGCCUAUUUACAACAGAUGAAAGCUUCAUUGAAAACAGUGUGUUUUCUGUCACUCUCCAUGUAAUUCAGAAGUACGUAACAUGUGAUGGGACGUUGCGUUUGUAAUAUGAUUUCAGGUUUUAAAUGACUUCUCAGUAUGUGAGUAGCAAUCUGCCUGUAGCCGAGUCGAACACAUGCAUUGGAGUAAAAAAUAAAAACAUGUUGUUUGUACAGUAUACUUUUAUGAUUAUCUUUUAAAUAGGAAAGUGUUUGACUUAUUCACCUUCUGACCAUCAGUGAUGCAAUCAAAGUGACGUUAAUUUUCUUUCUCUGCAUGAUUAUCAUUUGUUUGGGUUUGGCUCAUGUCAUCUACAGCUUUUGUUUGGGUGGGAAAAGACGAUAUCAUGAUGUAAUGCGUUGAAGAAAAUAAGGCAGACCACAUUUCAUACCUGCCUUUUGAUGUUUAGAUGUAAAACCGCACUUGAUUAUUAUCACAUACUCUUUUUUUUUCUGUUAAUUCUAACGAAUGUUAAAUAGAAAUAAUAAAGCGUUAACCACU